AUGCUUGGAGAAACGACAUUCACACUCAUUCAGGUAUUAGAAAAAACUAUAUCACCAGAUCGAAAUGAAUUGGAAGCGGCAGAAAAAUAUCUCGACCAUGCAGCUGCUACGAAUUUUACCACCUUCAUCAAGAUGCUGUCCGAUGUGCUGGUACAAGGUGGCAACAGUCAGGUCGCGCGGAUGGCGGCCGGGUUACAGCUAAAAAACCACCUCACAUCCAAAGAUCAUACACUUAAACAGCAGUACCAGGAGAGAUGGCUGGACCAACCUGAAGACAUUAGACAAUAUAUUAAGAAAAAUAUUUUAGCAGCAAUAGGCACUGAAAGCAAUAGGCCAAGUUCAGCAGCCCAAUGUGUUGCCUAUGUAGCUGUUGCCGAGCUCGGAGUGGGACAAUGGAAUGAUCUUAUACCAACACUCGUAGAAAAUGUUGUCAAUGAACAAUCAUCAGAAUUGAAAAAAGAAGCAAGUUUAGAGGCUAUUGGUUAUAUUUGUCAAGAAAUUGAUGCUGAAGUAUUAACAGAACAGAGUAAUCCAAUUUUAACUGCCAUCAUACAUGGAAUGAGAUCGACUCAGCCUAGCAACCAUGUCCGUCUGGCUGCAACACAGGCACUCCUUAACUCAUUAGAAUUCACAAAGGCUAAUUUUGAUAAAGAAAAUGAAAGGAAUUUUAUUAUGGAAGUUGUUUGUGAGGCGACUCAGUCACCGGAUAUGAGAAUAAGCGUAGCAGCCCUUCAGUGCUUAGUAAAAAUUCUAUCACUUUACUAUCAAUAUAUGGAACCUUACAUGGGUCAAGCUCUGUUUCCCAUAACAUUAGAAGCUAUGAAAUCAGAUGUUGAUGAAAUUUCAUUACAAGGUAUAGAAUUUUGGUCCAAUGUUAGCGAUGAAGAAGUAGAUCUGGCUAUUGAAAUGGCUGAAGCAACUGAAGCAGGUCGGCCCCCUGCAAGAACUUCUAGAUUUUAUGCCAGAGGAGCUCUCCAGUAUAUUGCACCUGUUCUUAUGCAAAAGUUAACAAAACAAGAUGAUUCUGAUGAUGAACUUGAAUGGAAUCCAUCCAAAGCGGCUUCAGUGUGUUUAAUGCUACUUUCGAACUGCUGUGAAGAUGAAAUUGUUCCUCAUGUAUUACCAUUUAUUCGGUCGAACAUUAAAAGUGAACAUUGGAGAUUUAGGGAGGCAGCACUUAUGGCGUUUGGUUCUAUAUUAGGCGGUCUCGAAGCUACAACUCUCAAACCUUUAGUUGAAGAGGCAAUGCCUACUUUAAUCGAGGCCAUGUACGAUUCAAGUGUUGCCGUCAGAGAUACAGCAGCAUGGACUUUUGGUAGGAUAUGUGAAAUAGUUCCUGAAGCGGCGAUCAAUGAUACGUAUUUACAGCCAUUAUUAGAAAGUCUCGUCACCGGUCUUAAGGCGGAACCACGUGUGGCAGCGAACGUUUGUUGGGCUUUCACGGGUUUAGCUGAAGCUGCUUACGAAGCCGUUGACGGCGGAGACUCUCACCAACCAAAGACCUACUGUAUGUCGACAUACUUCGAUUUCAUCGUUCAAAGACUACUAGAAACAACAGAUCGUCAAGAUGCGGCGCAACAUAAUUUAAGAUCGGCAGCAUACGAAGCCCUCAUGGAAAUGGUUAAGAAUUCGCCUACAGAUUGCUAUGUGACUGUACAGAAAACAACAAUGGUUAUAUUAGAGAGAUUACACCAAGUACUUCAAAUGGAGAAUCAUAUAUCGAGUCAGUCUGAUAGAUCUCAGUUCAAUGAUCUUCAGAGUUUACUUUGUGCGACCUUGCAGUCCGUGUUACGCAAGGUGACGCCAGAAGACGCGCCUCAUAUAUCAGAUGCGAUUAUGACUGCAUUAUUGACAAUGUUCGCUGGCAAUGCUGGCAAGGCCGGCGGAGUACAGGAAGAUGCCUUAAUGGCGGUUUCAACGUUAGUCGAAGUUUUAGGCGAGGGCUUCCUCAAAUACAUGGAUGCGUUCAAGCAAUACUUAUAUGUUGGACUUAAAAACCAUGCGGAAUAUCAAGUAUGCAUAACUGCCGUCGGUGUCACAGGUGAUAUUUGUCGCGCUCUCAAAAGCAAGGUGCUACCAUAUUGUGACGAGAUUGUGUUCCUUCUGUUAGAAAACCUUGGUGAUAACUCAAUACAUCGAUCAGUAAAGCCUCAAAUUCUAUCAGUUUUCGGAGAUAUUGCUUUAAGUAUCGGUCCUGAUUUUAGAAAAUACUUCAAUCUAGUAAUGGACAUGUUGCUGCAGGCAAGCAACGCUCAAGUGGAUAGGUCAGAUUAUGAUAUGGUUGAAUAUUUAUGUGAAUUACGGGAAAGCGUGUUAGAAGCGUAUACAGGAAUUAUUCAAGGACUUAAAGGCGCCGGUGGCGAGGUACAAUCAGACGUAGCUCUGGUAGAGCCUCACGUACCGGCGAUAGUGAACUUCAUGAUCCAAGUGGCUUCAGAACCUGAGCGUACGGACGGCCACAUGUCAGUGAUAGCUGGUCUGACCGGAGAUCUAUGUACGGUGUUCGGCCAAAGAGUACUACCGAUGUUGGAGACAAGGCCCUUACUGGACCUACUUCAAGCAGCUCGACUGUCACGCACGGCACGCACCAAAACAUUAGCCAACUGGGCCACUAAGGAAAUCAGGAAGUUGAAACAACAAGCUCCACUCGCUAGCUGGUAA